AUGUCGGGACGUAUCAACCAGCCGAACCGAGUCGAGACGUGGCUGCUGCAGGAUGGAGAGAAGCGCCUGACGAUCUCGGAGGACGCCAAGAUCCCGAAUGCGGCGACCUUUGUCCUGCGCGCGCAGGAUCAUACGCUGGGCAAUAUGCUGAGGGCUCAGCUCCUUCUCGACCCGACAGUGCUCUUCGCGGGCUACAAGCUUCCGCACCCGCUUGAGAACGUGAUCAGCAUCAAGAUCCAGACGGACGAGCGCUCCAACCCCGCCGACGCGCUGAAGCGCGCGUGCCAGCAACUCAUCAACCAGACGCUCAGCAUCAAGAAGCAGUUCCAGGACCAGGCGCGCAACAUUGAGAUGGGCAUGGGCCCCGAUGCCGCCGUCGCCCAGCCCGCAACUGGCGGAUACGACCCGUACGGAGACGGCUUCGGCGCCGCGACGCAGGUGCCUGCGCGCGACAACAAUGCGGGAGACGUGUACGACUUCUAG